AGACGCUUACAAAUCUCACAGUUUUGAUCUAAGAGACUGGAUGAGCCCGGCCCAUGACUCCUGCACCUCCGCUACAUCCGGCGUCUAUAAAAUCAGAGCGACUUCACACAGACAUUCUCACAGACACUGACAGCUCACACAUAAGCUCGUAUUCCAGGUUCCUGUCGAGAUGAGCAGCUCUGUGUCUCUCCUCCUGCUUUCAGCAUGUGUCCUGUUCACAUGCUCCUCAGCCCAGAAAAGCUGCAGAGGUCGAUGUGGAGAAGCUUAUUUCCGAGGCAACGAGUGUCAGUGCGACUACGAGUGUCUCUCACACAGUGAGUGCUGCAGAAACUAUGAAUCUGCCUGUACUUCAAGAGACUCCUGUAAAGGCCGAUGUGGUGAGCGUUUUAAGAGAGGGAGACAGUGUCACUGUGAUAUUGAGUGUAUUAAAUAUAACCAGUGCUGUCCAGACUAUGAGACCCAGUGCAACAUUGAGGAUUCCUCAAUGGAGGAAGAAUAUGGUGAGCUUGAGGUGACCACUCCUCUGGAUGACAUGGCGACUGAAGAUGCUGUAAGCGGUAGCAAACCCUAUCCCUAUGACACUGCUGAGCUUUUGGACCCAGUUGAAAACCAAGUGGCACCUCUCCCUUACCUGCCUGAUUUUGGAACAGUGCCAAGUAUAAUUGGUUCUCCUGUGCCUGACAAGGGCCCUGAAAAACCUCAGGAUUACUUUGAACCUGAGCAGCUAUCUCCUAACAACUCAGAUCCUAAUGUACCUCCAGCUUCAACUAGGCUGGCACACACACAGCAACCUUCAGAACAGUAUCCAACUAUCAUAAGCCCAAGAUACACCACACCUGCAUCUGAACAGACUGACCUGAAUGCAGAAACAACCACUUCACUUCCCACAGAGCCCAAAAGCACUGAUGCAUAUGAUAAACCUGCUUCUAAACCAACUGCUAAAAAUCCUCAGUCUGUCUUUGAACUGGAUCAACUUUCUUACAAUGCGUCAGUUCCCACUGUUCCUCCUGAGAUGGCCUCAACUAGACCAAAUUCCACACCAAUAUCUGACCAAAGUGCUACAACAAACUCUCAAAGCACCUCAGAGCCCAAACCCACGCCAUCAGCCACUGCUCAGGCCAAUAAUACAGACCUUAAGCCUUCUAACCCUGUCCAAUCUGAAGACAGACAGGACCCAGGAGUAAACCUUGAAAAUCAGACAGACGCUCAGUUGGAACCCAGUGAAAACACAACCUCAGGACUGGAAAUACAGAAAAUGGUCUCAACAGAAAAGCCUGCCACUACCAAAAUAACAGAAGCACAAAAUGAAAACCAGGAUAUAAAGGGCAUUCUUUCUACAAAGGAUUCUCCAACUUACCCUGCCUUAAUAGAAAGCACCCCUGCUUCUGUGAUGGUUAGCCCUUCGCCAACUAAAGAACAAGAAAAACCCACUAAACCAAAAGAUGCUAACAACAAUCUUCAGGACCUUCAGGAUUAUCAGGCAGAUGCCAACAGAGACACUAAUCUCUGCAGUGGUCUUCCAGUUAAUGGCUUGACUACACUUAGGAAUGGCACCAUUGUGGUUUUUCGAGGCCACUACUUUUGGAUGCUGGACUCCAGAAGAAAUGCUGGGCCUGCUCAUUUAAUCACAGACUUUUGGGGAAUCCCUUCUCCCAUUGACACUGUCUUCACACGCUGUAACUGCCAGGGCAAGACCUACAUCUUAAGGGGGAAUAAAUACUGGAGGUUUGAAAAUGACAUUAUGGAUGCCGGCUUCCCCAGACCCAUCAGUGAGGGCUUUGGACUUGGAGGCCACCUUGUUGCAGCUUUAUCCAUGCCUCAGUACAGAAGCAGGAAGGAGUCUGUUUUAUUCUUUAAAAGAGGUGGAUUGGCUCAGAGAUACACCUACCUCAACACACCUGACUGCGGCAGCAAGUCAGCUGCAGUCAUAGUAAAGAAGAGAUUCAGAAAGGAAGCAGUCCCUGCGCUGGGUCAAGAGAUCGUCAUUAGCAAGACUUGGGCAGGCUUUCCACCCACAGUGACAUCAGCUGUGUCAGUACGCACUACAGGAGGGGAUGGAUACAAAUAUUAUGCAUUCUCCCCAACCAAGUACUACAGCUUAAGGAUGGAAGGUGACACUCCAGUCAUUCUCACUCCUAGGGCUGGACCAGAAAAGCAAAAAUCAGCCAAAAGUUGGUUCAGAUGUCCAGAGACGAAUAAGGUGUAGAACACACUAAGCCCUUUAAAAUGAGGACUGUGUACAAGAUGCUUUUUAACAGUCCUACAGACACCCCGAGUGAUGCUUUAAUACAUUGAGGAUGCUUUCACACUCAGGUGUUUUUUUCUCAACUGCCAACACACGUUUUAGCAGGACACUUCCAAAGUUCAAGUGCUUUAUCUCCUAACCAAUUAGGUCACAGGUUGGGGGCAAAUAAAAACAAACACAGAGUGCCAGUGAAGAAGGAUAUUUGACAUGUUGAACUGAAAAUAUUCCAACAUUGCAAUACAACUCGUAACAGCUAUUUUUGGAACAGUUAUUGGUACAUGGUGUUACAUCCCACUUGGCUGCAUACAGUCAAAUCACAUAAACAGCUCCUCUUCUCUUGAUUUUAUGCUGCCAAAGCUACAAUGAAAGCAGCUCCUCAUUGCCAGAGUUAAACUAAUAUUUAUUACAGAUAAUAAUAAAUCUAAUAAAUCUAAUAAUAAAGCUAGGCUAGUUAAGCUAGCUGAUACUAACUACGACUGGCAAGAUCAUAGUUGUUACAUUGCAUGUGCCGCUUUUGUUGAUCAUAUCCAUACACAGUGUGUUUUGUGCCUAGUGUGAAAGCAGCCUUAAAAUAAAAAAAAAAAAAAAAAAACAGUGAAUCAUUUUAUACCAAAAAAUUCUUUAUUGUAUCCACAUAAAAUAAAGCAAUGCUGUAGGUUCAACAUAAAUGCUUAAAUGGACCUCAAAUGGCUGAAAGAAUUUGAACUUGAGAAUGAUCAAAACUCUAGUGAAACAGCUUGUCGAAGUGUUGUAGUACCAAGGAGAACGACUGAAACAUCUCUGGCACGUUAUUCAUCUGGCAAAGCGCCUUCGCACUCCCAUAACUCCUGAUCCAUCUGCAGUAAGAAACAGGAUGAAGCACUGUGACCAUCUUCCAGGCAUGCUGUUUACAUGACGUGUACUAGAUGCUGUUUAAUAAUUGUUUUGUCAAUCAUUUCUAAUAAAAUUGUUUAUCUUGGCCUAUU